CCGUUCCUUUUACGUUUUAAUACAAAAUUUAAACCUCAUUUCCCCUAUCCCUCUAUAUAUACCCCUAUCCUUUUCCCCUCUCCCUCUCUCAUCCUUUCCCCUCUCUCUCUCUCUCUAUCUCUGCAUCUUUGAUCUCAUCUCGUGUUCAGAUCCGGCAGAGAAACAGCUGAAGUCACAGAAAAUGGGGCGGCGUGGAGUCAGCGCUGGUGGAGGACAAAGUUCUUUGGGCUACUUGUUUGGGGGCGGAGAGACUACCAUCACCCCUCAAGCUGCCAAGACCCGGGGGGAGGGCUCAAAUAAUGGGACUCCCCAGCAGUCUGCUGCUGCUUCCCAGCCCGUGGAUGAAAUUAAGCAGAUUCCAGCUGGCAAUAAUAGAACUACCAACAAUUACUUGAGGAAAGAUGGCCAAAACUGUGGCAACUUCAUCACGGAUCGUCCUUCAACCAAAGUUCAUGCUGCCCCUGGUGGUGGUUCUUCCCUUGGUUACCUCUUCGGUGGUGAUGGGAAGUGACUCUUUGGUUUGAAGAGCCAUUAAAUUAUUCAAUGUCUACAUAGUAUCUGUAAUUCCAGAAACUUGGACAUUUCUAUCUGGAGCACUUAUUGUCGAAUUUAUUGUUGCAUGAUCUUUUGUUGUGGCUAGGUCUCCUCAGCCAGAUUCAAGUUUCUUGAGUGUUGCCCGAAUUGUUAAAAUGAUUAAUUCGCGUGAUCUGUUUUUAUGUCUUCA